GAUUAGUUCAAAUUUGAAGGUGUCAAUUUGUCAAAAAAUAUAAAUAAAAGUUCUAAUGAUUUUUUUGAAAAAGUAUAUAUCUAUGAGCUUUCUAAACUUCCUCAAGAAAUGAAGGAACAGAAGGAGUCUAUUUCUUUAACUAAUUGCUGUUUAAAAAGUGACAAGCCCGAAACAAUAUCGAUUACUACAGAUUGCAAAGAUGCAUACAUAGUUGAAGAAACAAGUCUUAUAAUCAAUGGAGCUUCUAUUUUUCAAGGACCAACCGUUAAUAUUGAUAUUGAAUUUCAAGAUUUAACCUAUGAAGUAAAAGUAAAAAAACACGAAAAAAAAAUAAUUCUUAAGAAUCUAAAUGGUGUGUUUAAGAGUGGCGAGCUUGUCGCUGUAUUAGGUCCUUCAGGUGCUGGAAAGUCUUCAUUGCUAAAUAUACUUGCAGGCUACAGCUCAAAUGACGGUGGUGUUAUUGGAGGGAAAAUCCUUGUCAAUGGAAUUGAACGUAACUUAAGAAGAUUCCGAAAGCUUUCUUGUUAUAUUAUGCAAGAUGAUGUUUUAAUGCCAAAUUUAACUGUUAUAGAAUCUAUGAUGGUGUCAGCAAAUCUUCAUUUAAAGUCUAUAUUAGGAUAUAAAGAGAAAAGACGAGUUGUUGAGGAUAUUUUGUCAAUUUUUGGUUUAUCACAUAUUUGCAAUACCUACAUGAGUGAAAUAUCUGGUGGUCAGCGAAAAAGAUUAGCAAUUGCUUUGGAGCUUGUCAACAAUCCUCCUGUGAUCUUUUUAGAUGAGCCUACCAGUGGUUUGGACAGUUCGUCAGCAUUUCAAUGUAUCAGCUUGUUAAAAUCUCUUGCUCAAGGUGGAAGGACAGUGAUCUGCACAAUUCAUCAACCCAGCGCAAAACUUUUUGAAAUGUUUGAUAAGAUUUAUCUUCUAACAGCUGGUCAUUGUAUAUACAAUGGAUCUAUUACAAAUCUUUUGCCAUACAUGGAAACUCAAAACCUUAUUUGUCCCAAAUACCACAAUCCAGCAGAUUUUAUAAUUGAAGUUGCAUCAGGUGAAUAUGGAGACAUUUUGCCUCAGCUUGUAAAGGGAUGGAAGAUCCAAGAAAAAAGAGAGGAGUUAAAACGAAUGGAAAGUGAAGACUUUGGAUUAAAUGAUAAUGUUGAUGCAUUGCUUGCUCAACAGACUAUGAUGUCAAUGUUACCUAGUUGUGGGUUUCGAUCAAGCACAGAUAGUCUUUCAAGUACUACUAGUCAGACGACACAGUUUACUGUAUUAAGCAAGCGUGCAAUGAUAUCGAUUGUAAGAGAUAAGAUGUUUACACAUUUGCGUUUGGUUUCUGUGUUAGUGGUUGCAGUUAUUAUUGGAUUGUUGUAUUUGGAUAUUGGUGAUGAUGGAAACAAAGUCCAAAACAACACUGGCUGUUUAUUUUUUUCUAUGCUUUUUUUACUUUUUAUUGCACUUAUGCCGACAGUGCUUACAUUUCCACUUGAAAAGACAGUUUUUAUUCGAGAACAUUUAAACAAUUGGUACAGCCUAAAAUCUUACUAUCUUGCCAAAACAAUGUCGGAUUUACCAUUUCAGGUUUUCCUUCCACUGAUUUAUUGCUCUAUAGUAUACUUUAUGACUGGUCAACCAAAGGAUGUCACCCGCUACAUUCAAUAUGUCUCAGUGACUAUAUUAACUUGUUUAGUUGCACAGUCAAUUGGUCUUCUGUUGGGUGCUGUUGCUCCUAAUGUGCCAACGGCAGUGUUUGUGGCGCCUGUAACUGGAAUACCAGUUUUACUUUUCAGUGGGUUUUUUGUUUCUUUUGACACAAUACCAAAAUAUAUGCAAUGGCUUACAUAUAUAUCAUUUGCUCGAUACAGUUGGGAGGGUAUGAUGGUUGCUAUAUAUGGAAACAAGCGUGGUAAACUAACUUGUGACGAUGAUAUAAAAUGUCUUUUUCGUCAAAGUAACGAUGUGUUAGAUUCUUUAGAUAUCAAUGAAUCAGCGCUUAACAUUAAACAAGGAAAGUUCUAUUUUGACUGUAUUGUUUUAUCAAUGUUCUUUGUAACCCUCCGUUUGGUCACAUACAUGGUUCUUAGAUACAAAGUCAAAUCAACGGCAAGGUAAAUCGAACCUAAAAUGCAAAUUUUGGCCAAAAAUUUUUUAAAAGUCAUAAAUAAUAUUUCAGUUAUGAUUUAUUAUAUAAAUAAUAUUUCUUUGAAAUUUAUUAUAUAUAAUAUAUCUUUGAAAUUUAUUAUAUAUAUAAAUUAAAUAUUUUUUGGAAUUAAAUCAGCUUUGUAAAGGUCUUGACUUAAAUAACAACCUAAUUAAAUAACAACCUAAUUAGCCGUUUGAAAUGCAUCAGAGUUAAUUGAAAACUUCGAUUGAAAUAUAAGUUAACAAUUAUACUUUAUUAACUAUGUUAAUCAGUUAUUUUUACUCUAUAAAAAUCUGUGUUGCCAAGUGACAUUUUUUAAAAUUUAGGUUUAACGAAUGUAACAUUUGUAAACAUUUUAAAAUCUUUCAUCAAUAAAAAAGUGCAAUUUGGCAACACUAAGAUAUAGUGAUUGAAAAAAUGUUUUCAACUUGUGUUUUUGUUUUGUUUUUAAAAGUGAAAGUUUUUUUAUUUUAAAACGUCCUUUUACGGAAUGUUGUUUUCCCAAUAUUUUAUUGCCGUCUAACGUCAAUAAGAUAAAUCUUUCUGUUGCAUUAUAUUUUGUUAAAAUUUUUUUAAUAAGAAUAUUAUAAAAUAGAGUGUUUUACGUAGUAUAUAUUUUAAAAUAUUGGAUAUUAAAUUUUUAAUUUAAAAAACCAGUGUUAUAAUUUGUUUUAUAUUUUAUUAUCAUUACUUUAUAUUUCAGUAUCAGUUCUGUUUUUUUGAUCUGAUAUUAUGUGUAAUUUAUGUACGCUCUGUAUAAAAAAGUUUCAAAUCCGUA